UAAGGACGGGGAGCGGGCGGGGGAUGCUGCCGGCCGGAGCUCUCCGUGCUGCGGGGAAAGAAAGGCAGGAACGGGGCGGAUCGGUGUGAUUGUGUGGGACGGUCGCGGUUAAGCUGUAGGGGAGCCUCGAGUGAAUUCUUUCCCUCCAGCUACAAAAAGAGAAACUUCAGAGCAUCGACCCGCUCGGAUACACCUUACACGGUUGGUCGCUUUGCUGCAACGAUCCGGGCUGUCGGGUGUUCGUGAGACGCAGCCAAAGCCGUACGGUGAAACGCUCACAUCGCAGAUCUGCAGCUUUAGAAAUCAACAGUUUCCAGAGGAUUCACUCAGUUUAGGGCGAUUGGAGGCACGGAGCCACGAGCCCUCAUCCACCACUGCGCAGAUAGAGUAAAGCAGAAGCUCUAGAUCUAACACCUUUUUUUUUCUGCUGUUAGCGAGACACUGAAAUACAAGUACUGAAAUGCUCCAUCUCAGGUUCUCACUGCCCUUUAGAUGGGAGCACUCAGAUACCUUUAUUUCAUGUGUACAUGCAUAGCCUGGAGAGUGCUGCUUCUAUAGUGUUGUGUGCCUUCAACAGCAACAGGAAGAUUGAAUUGUUUCAAGGAAAAAAAUGUUCAUUGGGAGUUCAGUCCUAAGAACAACAAUAUUGGAGAUUUUAAUUUUUUUUUUUUUUUUUUUUUUUUGCAGAAACAAUAGACCUGUAUUUGCCAGAAACUCAAAAUCAGCUGACAGUGGUUUGCAACUUAAUAGCUCUACGAAGGGACAGCUGAAUGGAGUGCUAUGUACUCCCAACCUAAGAUAACCAGAGGAAGCCUUUGUAUGGCCCAGAGGUGGAAAAAAAAAAAAACACCAAGCUGCAGUUUAGCUCUCAGACAUUUUUUCUUCCAUCAUCAGUUUCCCCAGGAUGGAUGAUAGAGUUGUUUUUGCUCAUCAGCACACAAACUAUAUGGCUGCCCCUGACUUAGUUCUCAGCAUUGGGAAAGGCAGCACGAGAGGAAACCAUACCUAGCACAAGGAGGUGGUAUAUUGCUUUAUAAUUCUUUUCUUGGUUUUGGCAGCAGCUCCCACCUGGGAAACUGGCUCAAGGAGUUACUAUGAAGUGCCCUGGACCUCCACAGACCCCAAGGCUUGCCUGCUUCCUGGAAAAUGCCUUAGUCAGAGAGGCUAGGAUUUGGAAAGUGCCCAUUUUCCAGAACCUUACCCUGAAGGGUACAGACAUCUCUCCCUCAUGCUAUGAGAAAACCAUACUCUGGAUCGCAGAAAUAAGCUCUCAGUUCCAGCUUCACUCUGAAACUUUUGCUUUAUCUAUCAGCAUCCUUAACCGGUUGUUAGCAUCAGUAAAGGCUCGAUUGAAAUAUCUUCAGUGCAUAGCAAUUUCCUGCCUUGUCCUUGCAGCAAAAACCAACGAAGAAGAUGAGGUAAUACCAUCGGUGAAGACGCUUGCAGUGCAGAGUGGCUGUAAACGCUCUCCAGCUGAGAUCUUGAGAAUGGAAAGAAUUAUACUAGAUAAGCUUCACUGGGAUCUUUACACAGCAACACCAAUGGAUUUCUUACACAUUUUCCAUGCCAUGGUGAUGUCCAACUGGCCCCAUCUACUAAACGGGCUGCCUCAGACGAAUCCUUCUCGCCACGUUGCAUUCUUGACCAAACAGCUACAGCACUGUAUGGCUUGCCACCAACUAGUGCAGUUUAAGGGCUCCACAUUGGCUUUGGUGAUCAUCACCUUAGAGCUGGAGAGGCAGACUCCUGAUUGGUUUCCUGUUAUUACUGAUCUGCUAAAAAAAGCACAGGUAACUAGCACUGAAUUCACACACUGCAAAGAGCUCGUGGAUCAAGAGCUAACGCACUUACAGCCAUCCAACGCCAUUUAUAUUUUUUGUCCCAUCACUCCAGCCAUCCAGGGCGAUACUGAGGCCAAGUUUCCCUACUAUUACUCUUCUGAACUGAAGAAUUCUCAUCAAGUGAGGCUGCAGGUCGCUGCAAGGCAGCCAGUUUCAGCGGCUGUCAUGUCUGCUACAGCCCAAAUCCCUGAUGGCACCAUGGAGACAGAUGAAUGCUACGAUGGAUUCAGAUACCUGUACAGUGAGGACAGGGGAGCAGAUGGUGGGAGGGGGCGCAUGGGUGGCUUGUGCCCUCAGCUGAGGUCUGGAGGAUGCAGCUCCCCAUGUCCUCCCCUGCAGCCACCUGGAAGGGAAUAGUGGAGACCAUCCUGCCUUGGAAGCAGUAUUUCAGUACUGGUUGGUCCCAGCAAACAGGACAGUGAACACAACAGAGCAAGAGUGCUGCUGUGUUUUUCAGAGGGCAAUGAUGAAAUGGUGUCAUUCUCCUAUGCUGUAUCUUUUCUAAGUAGUGUGCUCCACUUUUAACACCACGUAAAUACAGAAAGCUGGGGAGAGGAGGGACUGGGUCACAGUCCUACAACUCAGGGAUCAGUGUGGCAGAAGGCUACAAGCUGUGCCACGGAGCACCAGAUGUCUCAGCUUAUGAGCCCUCAGAUGGGAAGCUUUAUUUGAUUUAAUAGUGAAAAGGCCAUGAGCCAAACCAUCUAGUUUUUGUUAAAGCCUUACCGUGGAUCCGAUUUUUGGGCUCCAUUCUGGGUAAAAGCCACUAAAGACUCAUUCCAGGUUCCUACAAGCUGUGGGAAAUUGCUUAUCUGCAGUCAGCACUGCAGACCUCACUGACCAGUUUGGGCCAUUCAGGGUGCUAUUUCUUCUGCCUUAAGACUAGACAGUGCAAAAUGCCUUCAACUAUUUUCUCACCACUAUGAGGCAAAGCAGUUUUACAAAUUACAUAGGCCAGUUUAAGCCUCUGUUGCACUUUUAAAACCAGCCUUAGGCAUUCUUUGAAGAUAUAUGAGAAAUUUUUCCUUGCAAUUUGUUUUAAACAAUAGGGCCAGCAUUUUUAUGUGAUUGUUGCACUAGUUUGAAAGUGCAAUCCAGAGCAUACUGUAUGAACAGCAAUACCAUACCUGCAAGUCACAGAACAGGGAAGGUCUUCAGACAGAGCAUCACAGGCUAAAUGCUGAGCAGGUGUCUAAGUUAGUGAUACAGGAUAAAUAAAUAGGAACAGGGAUAAGAUAGGAGCAAGGAAAUCCUCGUGCUGCUUUACAGAUGCACUCUUCAGUGCAGGAACAAAGUUUCUUUCCUUUGCUCCUCAUCUUACCUUGAAGAAGAGGGAUUCCUGAACCACAGGCAUUGCAGGAGUGAUGUCCUGAGCAGCUCUGUUAACAGAUAAAGCUUUCCAAAGUUUUACAUUUAAAUUUUGCCACAGCUAGCGCUUGGAAAUGAAUAAACUUUGUAUGUGUGCAA